AUGUAUAACAAGGGUCAAUUGAGUGGCUUCGGAUGGGAUAUUGUCGCUAAUCUUAAUUUUUCACGACGUACUGAACGAGUACUGACGUCAGCGAUUUCGUCAUUUCUUAUUCCUGUUCCAACAUGUAUACCGAAACUCAACGAUGAACUGGGUGGUUUUACAACACAACAUCUCUAUUUCAAUACUGAUCCAGCGAAUUUAGAAUGUUAG